GCUUCGCAAUACCCAUGGAACUCAAAGUGAUCCGGGAUCCCGGGGACGCUCGCGUGGACAUCGUUUUUGUUCAUGGAUGGCAUGGGGAGCAGCCUGGCUGGACCUCGGCGGCCAAAUCAAUAUUUUGGCCGGAAAAGCUCUUCGCGGCGAAGGUUUCCGAGGCGCGCGUCUUCUCUUUCGAAUACGAUUUCACCCUCGACACGUUCUGGAACGAAGAGGAUCUGAUCACCAGCCAUUCCAAUGAACUGAUGGACCAGCUUAUGGAUCAACGCAUCGAGCCGGAGAAGGCAAAACGAGCUGUGAUUCUUGUAGCUCAUUGCCUUGGCGGCUUGAUUUGUGAAAAUGCGCUGGUCCGCGGAGCUGAGCAUGACGACCGCAAAAAGCUCGUCAGCUGUGUCAAAGGGCUCCUUCUCCUGGGCACCCCUCAUUAUCAGCCGAGUGUGUUGAGUGAAGCAAACAAGUACUUUCAGCUAGCGGGGGAAGAGGCCCCGGGCGAGUUUGGGCUUGAGGAACGGUCGCAGUGGGUGCUCAACAUCCCGCGUGAGUUCGCUAAGCUCCGUACCGCCGGGCUGGAGAUGGAUCUUCAAUGCUUCUACGAGGGGUCGCCCACCGAUCUCGACGGCAAGGGGGUCAAGAUCGUUGAGAUGGCCUUGGCGCGGUGCCCCGAUGGGCCUCCUGCAGAAAGGCUGGCAGCCAACCAUGUCAAGAUGAGUCAGUUUGAGAGCGAAGACGAUCGUGAUUUCGUCAAAGUACUGCGAGUGUUGAAGAGAUGGGUGGCCAAGGUCCCGGCACCUGAAAAGGAUGGAGGCACCACCGUGAACAAUGUUUCCAACGCCUCGUUUGCCUCAUCGAAGAACUCUGGAUACCAACUGGGACAAAAUGUUGGUACCCAGAGUGGGUUCGUCUUUGGAAGAGCGUAGUUGGUAGAAAUAUUACCGCGUAUCUUUUUGAGUGACGAAAUCUAGCUGAAGCUUCCUAAAAUUAUGAGAUCGUGCAUUUUGAAUCCUAUUAUGUUGCCUUGAUGCUUUGUAGUCUCGAUGCGAAUAAGCAAGAUGGACUCCAUCAGUGGUGCGACGCACCGGCCGGCGCAAGGCAAUGCCAUCUGUGCAUCGAUUCCCCACAACCAGUGGAUGGAGGUGCCAACUAAGUCUGCGAAGAACCCAGUCAGAUGUCGAACAGACCACUGAGAAGGCCGGGAUGCAGCAUGGCCCCACAGCCUAAUUACCUAACGAAUCGAGCGGAGGCGAUGGCGCAGAUCCACCAAAGUACGACAAGUGUAUCACAGAACCAGCGCGGUCAGAACCAUGACGAACAUCGACCAACCCCUGCCACCGGAUUUA